UGAGUCAUACCCAUAAUGUUUCUUGUCAUGAUGAGGGAUCACUGUGCAGAGCUUGGAAAUGCUGUUCCUACUAAACCCCUUCUGUUUAUGAAACCACCAUCUUCAUAUCUUGAGGAAGGAGCUGGACCAAUCCUGCUCCCUCGAGGAUGUACCAAUUGCCACCAUGAAGUGGAGUUAGGGGUGGUGAUAGGAUCUGUUUGCUGUGAUGUGGAGGAAAAGGAUGUCAUGUCGCACAUUGCUGGAUAUGCACUAGCAUUAGACAUGACAGCCAGAGAUUUCCAGGAUGAGGCAAAGAAGAAGGGAAAUCCAUGGACUAUGGCCAAGUGCUUUGACACAGCUCUUCCAGUGUCAAAGUUCCUCUCUAAGCAAGAGCUGGUAGAUCCCAGUAACGUGAACUUGUGGUGUAAGGUUAAUGAUGAGAUACGUCAGAACGGGACAACAUCGGAUAUGGUCUUCAACAUCCCCUAUCUCAUCUCGUACAUCUCCCAGUACUUCACCCUCCAUCCAGGAGAUCUGGUUCUCACAGGGACACCAGCAGGAGUGGGUUCUGUUCAACCUGGCGAUGUCAUAUCAGCUGGUUUAGGUGACCUGCUUACCAUGAAGUUCAGUGUGUCACAGAGGAAAUGAGAAUUCCAUAUUACCUUCUCAUUUUCUCUUAGUUUCUGUCUUUCUUUUGUGUGUUUUGGGUUUGUGGUCAGUUAUGAUUUUGUUGUGAUAAGAGUGGUGUAGGUUGGUUUACUGUGUGCAAGUAUAUUAUAUGUAUUUUCCUAGAUGAAAAAUUAAGACCAAGCACUGACAUUGAUUAAAUCUAUAGGGGUAAAUAGAAACUACAGAUGUUUUGUGUGCAGCACUUAUGCAUCUUUAUACAGAUGUGCAUGCACAUGUGCAGAAGCAUAUGUGUACACAUACACAUAUAACCUUCAUUCAAAUAUGUGCACAUAUGCACAUGUAACAUCUUUCUUCAAACUGUCUGUAUAACUGGAUAGUAAUUUAGAUUAUGAAAUGUCAAGAGGAAUCUUGUACAUAAAAUUUUAUUAUUGCAUUUUUUUUUGCAUAUUUUUCAGAUCAUUACUGAAAAUGCUUCCUAGCAGUAACACAAAUGCAUUUCUAAAUCAGCAUUAUUAUUAUUGUCAUAAUUAUAUCAUUAUGAAAUGUAUAGCUAUCAUUACUAUGAAGUUACUGUUGUGCAUUUUUAUACUUCUCAUGUGUUUUACGUGUUGAAAUGGAAUAGCGAUGAAGGAAAUUAGUACACUGCACAAUUAUAUUCACAGUUUCAUGUGUCUUUUAUUUGAAUAUUAUGAUUUGUUGAAAGGAAUGAAUAUAUAUAUUCCAGUAGCAUAUUUUUGAUGAUUUUAAUAAAGUUUCUUUAAAAUUGGAUUCACAGAGUAGGCCAUCUACUUAACUGUUGAGGCAUUUAAAUACUUACACAUGUAUUUUAGAUAUUCAAAGUUUUUGAAAGAGAAAUGUAACUGUAUAUACUUCAAGUAUAUUUGAUACAAGACAAAGUUCAAAGCAGAUAUUUUGAUAUUCUGUCCUUUUGAUUAAUAUUCCAAGGUGAAGAUAGAAUCAUGUUAUCUAUAUAUAUUGUUAAUAAAACAAUAAAUCAUACAA